AUGUCACUGGACGCUAUAUGUGAUGCUCCGAACCUCAAAGCAGACAUGACGGAACAAGCUGUGCUGCCUCAGCAAAGGGACCGAGAAAAUCCCUUUUGUGAAGAAAAUGGCUGGCAAAAAUCAGUGGUCAAAAUUCGCUUCCCAAAAGAAAAGAAAAAAUGGGCUCAAGAAGAUGAUGCGCCAGAACUUGAAAUACCAGGUGUUCAUCACCGCUCACUUGUUGACAUAAUCUCAGGUGUUUUUGAGGACGAGGUUUUCAAAACUUACCACACAACACCCUUUCAUCAAUACUGGAAACCAUCAGAUGAUUCAGAUCACACCGUUAGACUCUAUUCUGAAGCUUAUUCAUCAGAUGCAUAUAUUGAUGCUUACAAUGAAGUCAACAAUCUACCACGAGAGCCUGGGGACGAACUUGAACACACAGUUGCCUCGCUCAUGUUGUGGUCUGACUUCACACAUCUUGCAAAUUUUGGUAAUGCAAGUAUAUGGCCGUUCUAUAUGUUACUUGGUAAUCAGUCCAAGUACACUCGAGGCAAACCCACAUCUAUGGCAUGCCACCAUCUGGCUUAUAUCCCUACACUGCCGGAUGACAUUCAAGAAGUCUAUGUCUCCCUUUUUGGUGAAGCUGCAACAUCUGCAGUACUUACACACUGCAAACGAGAGUUAAUGCAUGCCAUAUGGGAGCUUCUGAUGGACAAGAAGUUCAUGCAUGCUUAUAGGCAUGGUAUUAUUAUCUGCUGUGGUGACAGAAUCACACGGCAAGUUUUUCCUCGAUUUUUUACAUAUCUGGCAGACUAUCCAGAAAAGAUACUACUUGCAAGCAUCAAAUUUCUAGGCAAUUGCCCAUGCCCACGUUGCUAUGUCAGAAAAUCAGAAGUUCACAAAAUGGGUAAAAAAAAGGAUAUGACUUGCCGUCGCAAGUCAAGAGUAGAUGACAACAUGCGCCGCAACAAGGUCAAUCUGGCACGGGAGCUUAUCUUCCAGCAUGGCAUUCCCAUAAAUAGUGAAAGAAUAGAAUCAGUGCUGGGUGAACAUUCUGUGGUUCCAACUCGAAAUGCUUUCUCAGAGCGUCUCUAUGAAUUUGGGGUUAAUUUUUUUGACCUCUUUGUAGUUGAUCUCUUACAUGAGUUUGAACUUGGGGUCUGGAAGGCCAUUUUUACUCAUUUAAUGCGGAUAUUAUAUGCAAAAGGUGGUGAUGCAAUCCAGGAGCUCAACAAGCGAUACUGUUUAGUCCCAACAUUUGGUAGAGGCACUAUCCGACGUUUUCACAAGAAUGCAUCAGCUAUGAAGAAGCUUGCAGCUAGAGAUUUCGAAGAUUUACUCCAGGUGGGGCCUCCAUCAGGUGUUUGA